CGAGCACUGCGGUUUGGGCAGCAAUGGUGCUACCAUCCACGACUUCGUUACCUCAAGCGAUGUGUGGACGACUGCUGUAGAAGCGGCUCAGAUCCAAGCCGAACAGAAUGAUUCUGGUCGUGCUAGAUUAACAACGUUACACGCCUUCUGCAGCACACAGCAUCUGCGAGCCAUGGCCUCCAAUGGCUUUCACCGCUUCUCACAUGGCCACCAGGAUCUCCUGUCUGCCACAAGCUACAACUUCUACGGUACUCGCAUGGCAACUGCAUCUGCAGACCACAAGGUCAAAGUCUGGGACCGUAGUGAAAAGACCAAUCAAUGGGUUGUGACAGACGUGUGGGUGGCUCACGAUGCAGAAGUCACAGAUGUUAGAUGGAAUGGUCCUUUCGUGGGAGAGCAUCUGGCAACUAUCGGUGAGGACGGCUAUCUACGCAUCUGGCAGGAAGACGUUGGCGAAGCGCACAAUUCUGGAAGGCGUUUCAAGAAAAUCUAUCAGCAGCUUACCGAGACUGGAGUGCCGUACAUGUGCUUGGACUUCAAGAACAUUGGCACUGAGACUUACUUGGCUGUUAUGACCCGGGAUGGGCACAUUACCGUGUGUGAGCCGGAAGAACAUGAUGACCUAUCUGCAUGGCGCAAGAUGUGGUCAGAAUAUCUGUGCAAAACCCCGUCCAGGACCGAGGAGUGCGCUUUCAGGCUAAGUUGGCACAAGGAGAAGAUCCCAGCUUGGCCGGCUGUACUCGCAGGUCUGGACCGCAAGAGUCUCAGUCUCGCUGUUGCCAUUGGUACUACAGUCAAGGUGUACAGGACUGACAAGGAGCGCAAGUUCUACACUGCAGCUACUUUAGAAGGUGCCAAAGAACUCGUUCGAGAUGUUGAUUGGGGAAAUGGCUGCAUGCGUGGAUUUGAUACCAUCGCCACGGCCAGCAGAGAUGGCUUUGUUCGCAUAUAUGAGCUUCACACACCUGGAGCAAGUUCAUUGCCCGUUUCGACGCUGUCAGUUGCGUCUGAUCAUGGAACUCCGCGGACUCAGUCUCCUGCGUCCCGGCCUGCACGUUCUGGAAUUGGCGCUGGUCUGGCUGGAGGCGCUCGUGGGCGUCGUGAUGACAAUGCUGGUGCACCUGGUGCUGUAAAGCAAGAGGUGCGCCUUGUCGCCGAACUUGAAGCACACAAGUCAACGCCAUGGCGAGUCUCGUGGUCACCGAUGGCUGACAUGCUCCUGACAACUGGCGAUGACGGUCUCACGAGCGUCUGGAAGAAGUCCAUUGAAGGCAAAUGGCUUGAAGCUGCUGAGAUUGACGCAUUGGGUGGUGUGUGAGCCCACAUUGACGCCUUCCACCGGCCAUGAGCUCAAAGAAAUUUGCCCAACACGCGCUUUACCUACUUGCCUGUGGCUGAGCCUUACAGCUGAAUCCAUAUAUGGCCUGGAGUGCAGCCACAAUAUAUGAAUCUCAAAUCAUAUAACUCG